AGAUAAAUUUUCUCUUUCUUUUGAAACAUAUAUAUACAGAUAUAAAUAGAGGCAGAUACAUGUAACCUAGCCAAAGGAGCAUUGGUAUCUCAAACAAUAUUUGCCCUUUCUCUAUCUCUCUCUCAUCACUAUUUGCCAUCUCUUUCUCUCUCCCUCUCUUUCAAAUGUCAAUAAACCAAUACUCAAGCGAUUUCCACUACCAUUCUCUCAUGUGGCAACAACAGCAGCAACAACAACAACACCAAAACGACGUCGUGGAAGAAAAAGAAGCUCUUUUCGAGAAACCCUUAACCCCAAGUGACGUCGGAAAACUCAACCGCCUCGUCAUCCCAAAACAGCACGCCGAGAGAUACUUCCCACUAGCGGCCGCCGCCGCAGACGCCGUGGAGAAAGGACUUCUCCUCUGCUUUGAGGACGAGGAAGGUAAACCAUGGAGAUUCAGAUACUCGUACUGGAACAGUAGCCAGAGUUAUGUCUUGACCAAAGGCUGGAGCAGAUACGUCAAGGAGAAGCACCUUGACGCCGGAGACGUCGUUCUCUUCCAUCGACACCGUUCAGACGGCGGAAGAUUCUUCAUUGGCUGGAGAAGACGCGGUGACUCUUCUUCCUCCUCCGACUCUUAUCGCCAUGUUCAAUCCAAUGCCUCGCUCCAAUAUUAUCCUCAUGCAGGGGCUCAAGCGGUGGAGAGCCAAAGAGGCAACUCGAAGACAUUAAGACUGUUCGGAGUGAACAUGGAGUGCCAGCUAGAUUCGGACUGGUCCGAGCCAUCCACACCUGACGGUUCUAACACAUAUACAACCAAUCACGACCAGUUUCAUUUCUACCCUCAACAACAACACUAUCCUCCUCCGUACUACAUGGUACGUUAGUUAAUUUUCGUUUUGUUAAAGUCUACAUGUAUUAGCUAGUGAUAUUAAGUAGAUGUCAAUAUCAUUUUAACCGACAUUUUACGUUUCUCAUUCACGCGUUUUCAAAUUCAAAGAAAGUUAAUUGAGUUGGUUUGACCCUUUUUUGCAUAUAUAGUUACCAUGCACUUACCAAGACGUUAUCUUGUCCACAUCCGAUAAACAAAGUAUAUAUAGUAAACAAAAGUCCAAAUAAUUCUUCAAACUGUUUUGUUAGCAAAUUAUCUCCAAUUCUAUCUAUAUGUUUUAUAGUUUUAUUUAGAAACUAAGGAUAGGAACAAAUGGUCCUUUUCUUUCUUGGGUUGGGGAGGACAUUAGAGAGUGAAGUUGUACUGUUCAUUUAACACGCCAAGUGACCUAUCCAAAAAUCUUAUCCCAAAGAAAAAGUGCGGUCCAUUAUUAUUGAAGUUAUUGUUAUUACUACUAUACUAUAAGUGUUACAUUAUCAGUGUUUGUUGUUGUUAGGCACGUUUCUCAUUUAUAUUUAUAUCAUAUGCUUUUUGGUCUUCAAGAACAAUAAUUUUGACAAUUCCGUCAAACUUUUCUUCUAUACCUAAUCUUUACACAUGAAUAAUUAAGCAUAUAAUUGAUGUGUCGAUGUUACGUGUGUACGUAUACAUAUAGACACUUAGUCACUUAUAUGUAUUGUUCUCACAUCUAUUAUUGGAUUUUCUAACAGAUCACACAAUAAAAUCUACUCUUUGACAACGAAAAUAUUUGGAUUUUGGACAUAUUAUUCUUCACGAAGUGUUGCACCAAUAAUGGAAUACAAAAUUACUUUGGGAGAUAAUAUACAUCUAACACAUAAUAUAUCUCUUAAUCUUGACUACAUAAAUCAAGAAAAUGGAAAGUCUACUUUAUACUUUUGCAAGGGAUUCUAAAACCACAUGUUUUUUUUAUAUAAAGAUCUUUUUUUUCUUUUUUGCAGGACAUAAGUUUCACAGGAGAUAUGAACCGGACGAGCUAGAAGCCCACAAGGAUUAAAAAAAAGCUUCACAUCUGGUCCUGUUAUGUUGUCAUAGAUGUUGAUUCCUUAAUUUUACACAAGCUUCAUUUUGCAUUAUUUAAAGUAAAAUCGUAUUUUGAUUCUUCUUUAAAUCUCUCUCAAUUUUCACUCUCUUCCUUUUUCUUCUUAUGUAUUAGAUUCUUUUACAUAGCUAACACUUGUAUAGAGAAUUCAAAGUUCUGGCUAUUUUCGAAAGUUAUCUUUUCUCUUUAUAUAUUUUGUUAUGGAGGAA